UGACAACUUGAACCAUCAAUUCAUACAAGCACCCAAUCCUUGCCCACGCAGCGCCUCGAGUCUUCGAACAUCCGUAUCCGCCCUCCAUUUCACAAUAACAAUCACUAUAGUCACAACAACAGCCCGUACCGACCCCGACGACCAGCCACCAUGGCCGACAUCCAAGACGAAGCAGGACCCUUCCUGCCCCCGACCAUCUCCCCUCCCGCCCUCCUGUCGGGCGUUUCUCAAACCUACUUCUCGCCAAUUCCUCCUCAACUCCUCGCCGACAACACCCCAUGCUGCCUAGGCGUUGACGAAGCCGGCCGUGGUCCUGUCCUUGGCCCCAUGGUCUACUCGGCCUUCUACCUCCCUCUCACGCUCUCCGACCCGCUCCUAAAACAGAAGCACAGCUUUGACGACUCCAAAGUCCUGACUCCCGCCGUCCGCCUAUCCCUAAUGAAGGAACUCUGCACCAAAGAUACCGAGCUACACGACAACUGCGGGUAUGCAACGUCGUCGUUGAGUCCGUUGUCAAUCUCGAGCGGCAUGCUCAAAGCCAGCAAAGCCCAGAUCUAUAACCUCAACCAACAAGCCAUGGACGCCACCAUUGCUCUGAUAAAGGGUAUCUACGAACGGGGCGUCAAUGUUACGGAUAUCUUUAUCGACACGAUUGGACAGCCGGCGGCAUAUCAAAAGAAGCUGGAACGGGUGUUCCCGACGGCCAAGAUCACGGUCGCGAAGAAGGCAGAUUCGCUGUACCCCGUGGUUUCGGCGGCGUCAGUAGUGGCCAAGGUUACAAGAGAUAUUGCGCUCGAGGUCCUGUGGGCGGAUCGGAGUAAGCAAAUGCGGAAGAGGAAAAGGGAUGACGAGGCUGGGCUUGAGAAGCGGGCAAAGCUGGAGAGAGGGGACACAACAGGCACAAAUGGCACAGAUGCUAUGGAUGUUGACGAGCCAUCACAUACUCAAAGCGAUUCGCCAAAACCAGCAGCAGAGGAGGAUGAGGAAGAGGAGGUGGAAACAAACGAAGCGAUGGCAUGGGGCUCUGGCUACCCCUCCGACAGCAAAUGCGUCUCUUGGCUCAAGCAGAACAUGCAUCCGGUUUUCGGCUGGGGUCCUGAAUGCCGAUUCUCUUGGGGAACAGCAAAAGACAUGUUGGAAACCAAGGGAGGGGUGAAGGUGGAUUGGCCGGAGGAAGAGGAGGAGGAGACACAAAAGUUGACCGACUUCUUCAUGGCCAAGAGAGACCAAGCAGAGGUGGAUGUGGAUGACUUAGGGACAUGGUUCGGUGCGCCUGCUGGGGUAGAAUGUUUCUAGGUGUAGUGGUUCCCUUCCAGAUCUUCUGUCAGUCAAUGCCUCCCUCCCCCUUUAUGUUAUGUCAACGAUUGCGUGUAACCGACAUCCUCCCAGGUUUCUCGCAACAGCCAAGUGACUAGGAUAUCUAAUACUAAGUUCAACCCAGGCGAAUGGUCGUCAAAAUAAACCAAACACAUUACGCUUAAUUCAAUACACCCGGGCAUACCCCCUAUCACGCAUUCAAGCAUCUUCAGUCUACCCUUGAAUCUGGAUUCUAGGCAGUUCCUGAAUGGAAGAAUCUCUAAACAACUCUGGCCGAUGCGUUCGGUUUAUUCUUAUAGCCGCUCACCAGCGUAGCAGCUCGGCAAUCAUCACUCAUCGCCUAUCACCCCUCCCUCGGCACUCGUUACUCGUCACUGAUGGUCUCCAAUCUCUCCCGCGCCCAACUGUUGACUAACUUCGAUGCACAAAUACCUCUACAUAUAUGUCCAGUAGACUUCCGACAUCCGGAUGAGCACAUAGGCCGCAAUAAUCAAGAAGCUACCUCUAGCCUGCGAAAUGCGAGGCAGCAGUGGAUCACGACAGAGCAUGCAGCUACGGCCUGACCGAGCAAACCCAUCCCAUUGUCAAUGGAUGUGAUUAUGAAUCACAACCGC